GCCCGAAGAAGAAACACUACCGCCGUGACGUUUAGGGGUAGUAGUAAAUGGCGGUCUCGAACAGGGUGGACUGUAAACAUUUCCACGGUUCUAACUGUCGGUUCUAGUGCCGCGCUGACAGCAGGUUCACUGAGGAGGCGACGAAAACGAAGCCAAAAGUUUAACUUAUGGAGAGCGAGGACGGCCACGAAGAAAAGGACGCGGAGUGUGAAGUGGCCGAGCUCCGCCUGAAAGUAGAGUCGUUGAAGCAGGAGCUGAAAGAGUGCCGAGCCGAGCUGUCCAAGUUACAGAAGCAGCUAAAUCAGUCCGAGAGGCUGCAGAAGAGCACCGAGAGCUACAACGAAGACCUGAGGAAACAGGUUGAUCAGCUGAGUGCAGAGAUCCACAAACGGAAGAAGAAAGAUAAAGACAGAGUCCACAGUGAAACUCAGACAGAAGAAUAUGUAUGGACAGAAACCGAUUACUACAAUUACUACUAUGGUGGAUACAGUCAGAACCCAGAGGUGGCAGACACUCAGGAAAGCCAGAAGACAGAAGCAGCACCAGCAGAAGAGGUGGAUGCAGCAGACUGCAGCCAGACAGCAGAGGUUUCAGCACUAAAUGAAGCAGCAGCUGAAGAUGUGUCCGCUCAAACAGACAGCAGUGUUCCAGUAACAACAGAGGAAGGUGAUGGAGGAUCCAUUGCUGAUAUGUUGAGAGCCACUGCUGAGGAGGCAAUGACACAGACUGGGUUUGUCUUUGAUGAGACGACUGGAAUGUAUUAUGACCACAGCACAGGCUUCUACUAUGACUCGGCCAGUCAGUUGUACUACGAUGCCAAUACGGGCAUAUACUACUACUACGAUGCAGAGAGUGGACGGUACCAGUUUCAUUCCAGGAUUGAGGUUCCUGCUGCACAGACAAGUGUGGAGCCUUGCCAAGAAAAGAAUGCUGCUGAAAAGAAAGGCAAGAAAUUCAAGAAAGGGGUCAAGAAAACACCACAUCAGGAUGAAUGGGAACUGAAAUGUGAUGAUGUUAAGCUGGAAGAAGAAGAAACUGAAUGGGUUGAACGGCAAACAGUUAAGAGGAACACAGAAUCACAAAAAGCAAACCGAAGGUCUCAUAGUCCAGACGUGGCUCCACGAAGAAAAGACUCAUCGAAACGCCGGGAAGGGAGGGACAAAUUGUCGUCAUCAAAGAGGAAAAGGCAGAAAAAUGGCUCACACCAUGAUGAUAAGAGAAAAUCAAGGAAGAAAGCUAAGUCAGAAAAGCGUAAAAAGAAAAAGCAUGUGGCUCGGAGCGAUGAGUCAGAGGGGAACAGUGAACCAGAGGAGGGUGAGAUCACAGAGUCAGAAAAAGAAGAGUGGGAGUCUACUUCUUCACUGUCAUCAUCCUCAAGCUCACCCUCAAAGGAAAGUCCAGAGUCAGAUAUGGAAACGCAGAGUCAAGAAGUCAAAGACAUCUGGCCUCCCUGUGUGAGAGUCACUGUGGUCAGGUCUCCAGUGCUGCAGGUGGGCACUCUGUUUAUCAUCACAGCCGACUCUCCAGCCACCAUUGGCAGAGAGAAAGAUAUGGAUCACGCAAUCCGAAUAGCAGAAAUGGGAGUCAGCAAGUUCCACGCUGAGGUUUACUUUGACCAGGAGCAUCAGAGCUACAUGCUGGUGGACCAGGGAAGCCAGAACGGAACAGUCAUCAAUGGCAACCGAAUCUUACAGCCCAAAACUAAAUGCGAGCCACAUGCACUGAUGCAUGGUGAUGAGGUGAAAAUGGGAGAGACUGUGCUGUCCUUCCAUAUCCAUUCAGGGACAGAUACUUGUGAUGGCUGUGAGCCUGGUCAGGUGAUGGCUCACCUCAGCAAGUACAGGAGAGAGGAGAACACAGGUCCUUCUCUCACCAAAGAGGAUAAAGAAUCACUGAGACAGAAAGAGCUGAAGCAGAUGAAGGCCAAGUAUGGCUUGCAAACCGGUGAGUACGAGGAGACCAAAGCCCUGAGGAACCCCAAAUAUAAGGACAGAGCGGAGUCUCGACGACAGACUGUGGGCAGUGAGGGUGUUUUCCAAAGAGAUGAUGCUCCCGCUUCUGUUCAUGAGGAGAUCAGUGAAGUCAAUAAAGGACGGAAGAUGUUGGAAAAAAUGGGCUGGAAGAAGGGAGAGGGACUGGGUAAAGAGGGAACAGGAAUGAAAGCUCCGAUUGAACUGAAAAUCAGAAAGUCUCAGUCCGGUUUAGGGGCAGGUGCUGCCAUGUCUCUAGAUGACAUGUCUAUGCCCAGAUCGAAGUCCCAGAAGAACUGGGAGAAAGCACGUGAGAGGUUCGCUGACUCGUGCCAGCCUGACAUGCAGCCACCUAAAGCACAGAAGAACAUGUCCCCCAAAGCCUUUGUCAAAUCAGAAGAGACAGAGGCCACACAAACAAGCUUUGAAACAAGUGGCCAAAGUUAGGACGGAGUCACAGCCUAAUGUACGUAUUGUGGAUUUAAAAGCAGUCUCUCUAGUCCUUGAAGAACUGUGAUAUUUCAUAUGUUUACCCAGUGUUCAGCAUGAGCAAACGCUGCUGAAGACUCCAGCAACCAGCUGAAUCUGAACUGAUUUUCUCUUGUACCUCUUUGUACCACUUAAGAGAACAAAGCACAGCCGUCAUCAUGAUUUUUUUUUUUUUUGAGCUGUAAAACACUAUCAACAUUGUGUUAGGUGCUGUACAUUAACAGAACUUGUAAAAGUCACUAGCAGUGGCUCUGUAAAGUGUCUUUUUUCCCCCCAUGUUUAAAAUGUUUAUUCAGAAAAACUCACAAGAGUAGCAGCUGACAGAUUGAACUGCAGCGUUUCACGGUCAAGUGUGUCAGCAGUUCGACCUGCAGACUGCAGAGCUGCCACUGGGCCUCCCAGUAAAACAAGGACGAGAAUCACCUCAAGCAAAUAUUGACACAGUGAAGCUGUAUUUCUCACAAUGAGAUCACGCUGUGAAGAGACAACUGUAGAUCUGUUCAGACAGCACCCUAACUGAUCACAUUAAACUAGUCACAGCGGCCUGGAACAAUGUGCAAAUGUGGCACAACAAAUUUUGAACUUGCACAACUUG